AAUCCUGCUGAUAAAACUGUCCUCAUCUUCCAAUAAUGGAUCUUUCUAAGGUCGACUUCGGUGCAGCUAUGAAAAAACAGUGUUUUCAUUUUGAGGAGGGGUUUACUUAUGUAAAUCACGGAGCGUAUGGAGAAGUUCCUGUGAUAAUAAGGGAAAAGCAAAAACAAUUACUGGAUACCCAGAACGAUAAUACAGGAAUGUUCUUCCGGGAUGAAACCCCGCGAUUAUACAGGAAGGCAAUAGAAGCAGCAGCCCAAUUUCUGAGGGCGGAUCCAGGAAAUCUGGUUCUUGUACAAAAUGCCACAACAGGAGUGAACUCUGUCUUGAAAGCGUUCCCAUGGACGAAAACUGAUGAGAUUUUGGCUACUGUAUAUACAUACAAAGCAGUUGAAUACGCUUGUCGGAAGGUAGCCGAGUUUUCGACAGGAGGACAUAUUCAUCAGUUCGACAUACGCUUCCCUAUUAGAGAUGAAAUGGAGGUGGUUAAAAGUAUGACGUCAUAUCUGGCCGAACAUCCCAAAAUCAAACUUGUAGUGUUAGAUAACAUCACCAGUCCAACGGCACUAAAGUUACCGUUGAAAGAAAUGAUUUCAGAAUGCAGAAAGAGAAGCGUUAUGGUUUUAAUUGACGGCGCUCAUGCACCAGGCCAAGUAGAGAUCAACCUUGAAGAACUCAGUCCUGAUUUUUACGUAGGAAACUUCCAUAAGUGGGUGUAUACUCCAAGAGGAUGUGCGUUUCUCUGGAUUCAUAAGGAUCAUCAGGAUUGGUGCACUCCUCUUGUGACGUCACAUAUGUACAAAAAGGGUUUUCAGAAGGAAUUUUGUACACAGGGAACACGUGACGACAUUCCGUAUUUUUUGUUACCAGAGUCUAUAAAGUUUUAUCAUGAUGUGGGAGGGAGGGAAAAGAUUAACAACUACACGAGAAACCUCUUGGAUAAAGCCAGUGAGUUGAUAGCAGAGAGACUAGGUACAGAGGUGCUGCAGAUCCCGAAGUCAAUGGAAGCUCCCGGAAUGAGACUUGUAUUGUUACCGGAAUGUGAAGGCUAUGAUAAAACUUGGAAAGGUUCAGAAAAUCUUUACAUGGAUAUCAUGAAGAAACACAAAAUCAACUGUGCAGUUUACCCUGUUCAGGGUGAGCUUUACUUGAGACUUUCCGCCAAUAUUUACAAUGAGAUUAGUGAUUACGAGAAACUAACGGAUAUUCUACUUCAGUUAUCCAGGAAAAGCUAGAGCUUCUUGUCCUCCAGACCGUUCUAGUAUUUUACUUCCUAUUGUCGUUCUGAUAUUAUUUUGCAGUUUUUCUAUCAUCCUUUUUUCCAUUCAUUCUGUAUUAUCAUCUUGCCUUAUGAUUAUAUA